GUUGCCCAAGUACAAGUUUAAACGGAGUCUCCUGUGUGAUGUCAUCAGUGGGGUUAGCGCCGGUACUAUUCAGGUCCCCCAAGGUCAGUCUCUACGCAUACUCCUUACGCUGGCUCCAUCAGGGGUUGAUCAUUUGCCCAAGGCCUGCACUCAUUCCGGCUGAUAUCGCUGAAGCAAAACAAACAUUCACACAGGCAGCUUCCAGUUCCUUCAGAUCACAAUAAACCUUAACUUUUCCUGUGCUUUCAUCCUUUGGGCUUUUCGUUUCGGUGAUACGCCUAGUUUGUUCAGCACCUGUUUGUUCUUCUGUUUUCAUCCAAGGCUUUGACACUUACCACUAUAUGCCUUACUGAAGUCACCGCAGGUUUCUGAGGAUUCUCAUUGCCCUGUUAUUUUACCGCUCAUGCCAUUCCAUUCUUAAGAUCGAAUGGCCUUCGCCCUACUGGCAAACCUGCCUCCCGUCAAUGGACUGUAUUCCUCCUUUUUCCCCCUCAUCCCUUACUUUUUCAUGGGCACUGCCCACCAGAUGGUACCUGGCACUUUUGCCGUGCUCAGCAUCAUGGUGGGCAUGGUGUGUCUUCAGCUGGCACCCUCGUCCGAUUUCAGCCACUUCAACACUACUCUCAAUGCCACCGUCGUGGAUGAGGGUCGGAUGAACGAAGUCCGUCUCGGCAUCUCGGGGACACUGGCCUGCCUCACUGCCAUAAUACAGAUCGGCCUGGGUUUGAUGCAGUUUGGGUUUGUGGCCAUCUACUUGUCUGAGUCCUUUGUACGUGGCUUCAUGACUGCUGCUGGGCUACAGAUCCUCAUCUCCGUGCUCAAAUAUAUCUUUGGCAUCCAAGUACCACCCUACAGCGGACCCCUGGCAGUCAUCUACACAUUAGUGGACAUUGUCCGAGGACUGCCCCACACCAACGUGGCCUCCCUGGUGUUUGCCCUGGUCAGCAGUGUGGUGCUCAUCACGGUGAAGGAACUAAGUGCGCGGUACCGCCACCGGCUGCCCUUCCCAAUCCCAAUGGAGAUCAUCAUUGUGGUGGUGGCCACAGCUAUAUCCGGACCUCUGAACAUGCCGGAGACCUACCACAUGGACAUUGUUGGAGAGAUUCCUCUGGGGUUCCCCAUGCCCAUCAUUCCCACGGUGAGUCAGUGGGAGGAUAUGCUGAGUACAGCCUUCUCACUGGCUAUUGUGGGCUAUGUCAUCAACCUAGCCAUGGGCAGGACGCUGGCGGCCAAGCACGGCUACGAUGUAGACCCCAACCAGGAGAUGCUGGCCCUGGGCUGCAGCAACUUUUUGGGCUCAUUUUUCAAAAUCCACGUCAUCUGCUGCGCUCUUUCUGUCACCCUUGCUGUGGACAGCGCUGGGGGCACCUCGCAGUUUGCUAGCCUGUGUGUGAUGCUUGUGGUCAUGGUCACCAUGCUAGCCUUAGGAACCUACCUCAAACCACUGCCGAAGUCUGUGCUUGGAGCUCUGAUAGCAGUCAACCUGAAGAAUACGCUGCUCCAGAUGGCUGACCCCUAUUACCUGUGGAAGAAGAACAAACUGGACUGUUGUGUGUGGGUCGUCUCCUUUCUGGCUACGUUUUUCCUCAGCCUGCCUUACGGCGUGGCCAUUGGAGUGGGGUUCUCCGUCCUCGUGGUCAUUUUCCAGACACAGUUCCGCAAUGGCUCAGAAGUGGGACAAAUCAUUGACACAGACCUGUACAGGAACCCAAAAGUCUACAACAAGGUUAAAUUCGUCCAAGGAGUGAAGAUUGUGAACUACUGUUCCCCACUAUACUUUGCCAAUGCUGAGAUAUUCCGUCGAAAAGUUAUUAAAAAAACUGGGCUGGACCCAGGCAAAUUGCUCUUGGCAAGGAAGAAGUUCCUGAAGAAGCAGCUGAAGGAGAAUGAGAGGAAGGAUAAGGACGACAAAGGUGCUAAAAAGAGGAAGGUGAGCUCCUUGGUCACCAUGAAGACCCAGACUAUAUCUCAACUGGUGCUGCAGAAUGACUUUGACACCAACGACAGUGGAACCCUGGACAAAUCUGAGGUGCCUCCAGCGUACAUCAACUUCCACAGCUACAUUGAGGACGAGGGUGACCCAGAGACCUCUCAAAACCCUCCAGGCCCUCCAACUGUUGCCAUUGAGCCCCGCCCCCCACCCUUCCAUACUCUCAUUCUGGAUCUGGCUGGAGUGUGCUUCGUGGACCUCAUGGGCAUCAAAGUGCUCACCAAGAUGAGCUCCAGUUAUGAAAUGCUGGGCAUCAGUCUGUACCUGGCCAACGUUCAAGCCCAGGUGUAUGAGGAACUGGAGACUGGGGGGGUGUUUGAAGAAGGAAGCAUCGCCCGCGGCCACCUCUUUCCAUCUGUUCACGAUGCCAUCCUCUUUGCCCAAGAGAGGUCAAGGGUCACCGGGAACCUGGAUAAGGCUGAGAGAGAGAAGCGGGAGCUGGCCUUUGACAUCCAGGAGGAGGACUGCGACCUGGAGCAGGAGAUGUUUUGAACGGUGUCUUGCCGACGUCAGCGUAGUAUCGCGAAGCACAGACCCAACAUAUCCACACUGCCUGCGGAACAUUGAAGGGUGGAGAAGAAGAAGAGGUGUUUGGGAAGGACCCGUGCUACAGUUGAAAAAAAUAAUCAGACAGGACGGUAUUGACUGUGAUAUUCAAGGAAGUGAACAAAACCUGUACCUUUUCCUGAUUGACAAAAUCGAAUUCCCACCGAUGGAUUGCUGUGUGCUUCUUGCAAUAGAAUUAUAAAAAAAAAAAUGCACAUCAGGGUCCUUUCGGAUGCGUUUCAAACUCUCUUUAAACUCUUGUUCUUCCAUAAAAACGUAACUUUUCAGGCGAAGCUCUCAGCCGGUUACUGAUAUUUGUAAGCAUGAGAAGAUGAGCAACUUGGGAGAAGUUUAACGUUUCUAAAUGAGAGUAAGGGACGCGGUUUAAAACGAAGCGUUCCUUCCGAGCCGACGUUGCUCAGCGCACAACUUCGCAAUCGCUGUGUGUUCACGGGCAAUAAAGUAAAUUAAAUGACCA